AUGACUACUGAAGUAGACUCUGCGUCUGAAGUGAAAAAGGAAUCUGACCAUUUAGGAGGAGAUGCAACUAAGGAGAAACCUAAAGACGAAGAAGAAAAUCAGCAGAAUCAAUCAUCCCAUCCAGAGGAGGAGAAAAGUUCCCAGGCACCUUCUGCAGCUGAAAGCCAAAGUAGUCCUCGCCGUCAGAAGAGAGAGAAGGAUCCAUCUGAGAGCAGGGGUAUUUCUCGAUUCAUACCUCCAUGGCUUAAGAAGCAAAAGUCAUACAACUUAGUCGUGGCCAAAGAUGGAGCAGACAAAAAGGAGCCUACACAAGAUGUUGUUGAAGAACAGAUCGUAGAUAAAGAGGAAUCUCUUCCAGAAGAAGAGAGGCAGGCCAAGGGUGAUGCUGAAGAAGUAGCUCAGAGAGAACACCAGGAGCUUAAGGAAGACAAACCUUCAGUGCACAUUGGUGAGGCACAGGUAUGUAUGGGAAGUGAGUGUCUGGAAUUGAAACCUGCUGGAGAAGAAAGUAAGAAGAGAGAAGAGGAGGAGAAAGAAAUUCAGGAAGAAAAACCAGAAGGAGAAGCAACAAAAAGAGAGACAAAAGAAGUACAAACUAGUGAGCAAAAAACAGAGAAGGAAUCUCAAAAAGCCACAAAGAAGACCAAAGCUGUCCAGUGUAAAGUGACCCUCCUGGAUGGCAGUGAAUUCAACUGUGCCCUGGAGAAACGUGCUAAGGGACAAGUGUUAUUUGACAAAGUAUGUGAACAUCUCAAUCUCCUAGAGAAGGACUAUUUUGGGCUUGUGUUUCAGGAAAACCCAGAGCAGAAAAACUGGCUAGAUCCUGCUAAAGAAAUAAAGAGACAACUAAGAAAUCUUCCCUGGCUGUUCACUUUUAAUGUGAAGUUUUAUCCUCCUGAUCCUUCUCAGUUGACCGAAGAUAUUACCAGAUACUUCUUGUGCCUUCAGCUCAGGCAGGACAUUGCCUCAGGCCGCCUGCCCUGCUCUUUUGUUACUCACGCCCUUUUGGGAUCCUACACACUGCAGGCUGAACUUGGGGACUAUGACCCAGAAGAACAUGAUCAUGAUGACCUCAGUAACUUCCAAUUUGCCCCCUCCCAGACAAAGGAACUGGAAGAGAAGGUGGCCGAGCUACACAAGACCCACAGGGGCUUAUCUCCAGCGCAAGCUGAUUCUCAGUUCUUAGAAAAUGCAAAGAGGCUCUCCAUGUAUGGUGUUGACCUGCAUCAUGCUAAGGACUCCGAGGGUGUGGACAUCAAGCUGGGUGUGUGUGCUAAUGGACUUCUCAUUUACAAAGACAGACUCAGAAUCAAUCGUUUUGCUUGGCCGAAAAUCUUGAAAAUUUCCUAUAAACGCAGCAACUUCUACAUUAAAGUGAGGCCAGCCGAGCUGGAACAGUUUGAGAGCACCAUUGGAUUCAAAUUGCCAAAGCACCGGGCAGCUAAAAGGUUAUGGAAAGUGUGCGUGGAGCAUCAUACUUUUUACAGACUUGUUUCUCCAGAGCAGCCACCAAAGGCCAAGUUCCUAACCUUGGGGUCCAAAUUCCGCUAUAGUGGCCGCACCCAGGCUCAGAGCCGCCAGGCGAGCAUCCUCAUUGACAGGCCUGCACCGCAUUUUGAGCGCACCUCUAGUAAACGAGCCUCCAGGAGUCUAGAUGGAGCUUUGAUUGGUGUUGUGGACCAAAGUCUCAGGAAGGAUUUUUCUGGGCCUGCUGGGGAGGUGUCAGCAUAUGGCCCUGGACUUGUGAGUCCUGUCGGGGUACAAGAUGGAGAUGGCAGAAGAGAAGUCAGAAGCCCAACUAAAGCCCCACAUUUGCAACUCACUGAAGGAAAGAAGAGUUCCUUGAGAGUAGAAGGGGAUAAUAUUUAUGUCAGACAUAGCAAUUUAAUGUUGGAGGACCUGGAUAAGGCCCAGGAGGACAUACUGAGACAUCAGGCUAGCAUUAGUGAACUCAAGCGCAAUUUUAUGGAAUCCACACCUGAACCACGCCCCAGUGAAUGGGAAAAACGACGUAUCACACCUCUGUCCCUACAGACACAAGGGAGUUCACAUGAGACUCUGAAUGUAGUGGAAGAGAAGAAGCGGGCAGAGGUUGGGAAAGACAAAAGAGUUAUCACAGAAGAAAUGAACGGUAAAGAGAGAUCACCUGGGAGUGGUCCUGGGGAGAUUCGUAAGGUGGAGCCACUGACACAAAAAGACUCCACCUCCCUGUCUUCUGAGAGCAGCAGCAGCAGCAGUGAGAGUGAAGAAGAAGAUGUGGGCGAGUACCGUCCCCACCACCGUGUGACCGAGGGCACCAUCAAAGAGGAGCAGGAGGAAUAUGAGGAAGAGGCGGACGAGGAGCCCGGCCAAGCAGCCAAGGUAGUAGAGAGGGAGGAGGCAGUGCCAGACGCCAGCCCAGUCAAACAAGCAGGUGCCAAUAGAAUCACAGUAGAAACAGUGAUCCAGGAUGUAGUUGCCCAAAAGAUAUCUGGAGAGAAGAGUAUAAACGAAGGCGCUAUUAAGCAAGACAUGAGAGAAGAAGCAGAGGAAGAGCAACAUAAAAUUAACGGAGAGGUGUCUCAUGUUGACAUUGAUGUUUUGCCACAAAUUAUUUGUUGUUCAGAGCCACCAGUGGUAAAAACAGAGAUGGUAACAAUUUCUGAUGCCUCACAAAGAACAGAAAUCUCCACCAAGGAAGUCCCCAUUGUCCAAACUGAGAGCAAAACCAUCACAUAUGAGUCUCCACAGGUUGAUGGCGGGGCUGGUGGUGAUUCGGGCACAUUACUGACUGCACAAACCAUCACAUCUGAGUCCGUGUCGACAACAACCACCACACAUAUCACCAAGACUGUAAAAGGUGGAAUAUCAGAAACAAGAAUUGAGAAACGUAUUGUGAUCACAGGAGAUGCAGAUAUUGAUCAUGACCAGGCGUUGGCCCAGGCGAUCAAGGAAGCCCGAGAGCAGCACCCAGACAUGUCCGUCACCAGAGUGGUGGUACACAAGGAGACAGAGAUGGCGGAGGAAGGGGAGGAAUAG